AAGGCCACAGUGUCAGCGUGAGAACAACUUUUAGUAUUGCGUUGACACAUCCUGAAAACUUCUGCUAUUGCACAAAGAGGGUAAAAAUAGAAGUUGUGAGGGGAAGAACUGCUACAAGGAGACGGACGACAGCUGAACACACGCAUACCGAGCGAGGAAAAGAGCAGAACUUCAAGUUGGCGCAACAGUCUGGCUUUAGGAUGUUCUUUCUCACCUGCGCUGCUUUGUUCUUCCAUGUGAGCGACUACACAGCAGCAGUCGCCUCACACAGCGACGACUUCUGCGAGAAGGGCUUUUGCAUCAGCCUCAGCAAAAGCCAAAUUGUGUCUGAGGUGGGACUCUGCGUGGUCAUCCCGUGCUCCUUCUCCUCCGCCUCCGACUUCACGCCUCACAGCUUGGUGUGGUUCAAGUGCCCCCGAACCAAAAGCAGAUGCAGGGACACGGAGAUCAUCUUCCACUCCAAGAACAGCGGCAAAAUUCAAGAGCGCUUCCGGGGUCGAGUUGGAAUGUUGGAGCCCGACGCGCGUCGCGGGAACUGCAGCAUCGUGAUCAACGACCUCACAUUCUCCGACUCCGGAUCCUAUCAGCUGAGAGUCAACGGUUUGGUGUCGUCCAAGCUGGACGGAUUUACCUUCACGCGACGAGUGUCGGUCACCGUAACACCUCUCAGGAAACCCACUGUGCUGCUCCCCGAGAUGACUGCCGGUCAAGCAGCGACGCUCACCUGCGUGGCCCCGGGCCUCUGCUCCACCGCCUUCAUCCCCACCAUCCAUUGGGCGUGGAGCGGAGCCACGGACAACGACACUCGCCCCGCCGUCACCGACCUGGAUUUGGGGAUGGCUGCUCAAAGAUACUAUUCGACUUUGACCUUUAACGUCACCGCCGAACACCACGGCCGCGGCGUCACUUGUGCAGUCUCCUUCUGGAGAGUCAACGUGACCACAGAGAUGACGGUGACGCUGAAUGUUAGCUAUGCCAAGCUUCCAUCCAUUUUGGGGCAGACGACAUUGAAGAGAGGUGACACCCUGAGUCUUUUGUGCAACGCUGACAGUUUCCCGCCCUCUUCCAUUACGUGGAACGUGACAAAUGUGCCGCUCGGAUCACAGCUGAAGCCAAGCUUAGCUAGCGCCUCUCUCGUUAUCCCCAACGUAACGGCGGCCCACUCCGGACGCUACGAGUGCGUAGCGACAAACCGUACGGUGCACGUGGAUGUGAUGGUGACAUGGUUCGCAGGGAUCGUCAACGGGUCUGGUUGUUGGCUCCAGGGUCAGCUGUUGACCUGCGUGUGCAUCAGCGGCGGGGUCCCGCCACCUGCCAUCACAUGGCCGUCGCUGGCCAACAGGACGGUCUGCGGCGCCGUUACCGCCGUUUCCGCCGACAGCGUCACCAGCAACGUCACGCUAAUUGGCGACCAUCUCAACAUCUCUGCCGUGGAGUGUGUGAGCGUGCAUAAAGAUGGCGAGGACAGGAAAAUACUCAAGCUUCGAAUAACAUUGGAACAAGAGGACCAAGGGAUGAAAAAAUUGAUAUCCAUGCUUCGUCUGGACGUCUUGAUGGCAUUUUUCAGUGGUGCGCUCGUGUCUGCUUUGUUGUGCUGGCUGGCCAGGACCUGGUGCAGUAAAGCAAAGAAAAGCCCCGAGCGUUUGGAUCUGGAGCCGUUGGCCUCGCAAGUGGAUGUUCUCUCUCGUCAGCAAUACCACCUCAAAAAUGUUGGAUGCGAGGAGGACAGCAAAGCGGAUGUGGCCUACGCCAGCAUCAACUUUUCCGCAAUGAGGAGAAACGACACCAGGAAAGUGACAACCAAUCACCAGGGCACUGAGUAUGCCAUGAUCAAAACCAAGGAGGAUGCUGACCAAUUACUCGAGCGUAAUGACCAUAACGAAGAGGAGGGAAUGAUGGUGGAGGAUGGGACACAAUGCAUCAGUGACAAGCAAGAGAGGGAUGAGAACGAGGAGGCCUUGUACUCAAACGUGGGAUGAUGUUGUGAACGAUCGGUCGGUCAAUCUCUGCUGUGCAGCCACAGCAAAGCAACAAAACAAAAAGUCACAGGGAAAAUGUUCAUUCAAGUGUAUUGAAGACGACAAUCGUGACGAUGCACAAAUUUAUUUACACGUGUUUCUAAACACUUUUUAGUUUUCAUUUGAUAGCCUUUCAAAGCCGUGUGAUACUUGUAUGACAAUAUUGAAAAAAAGAAAAAUAUCAUGAAAUGAUGACAGACAAUAGUAUUUCAAGAGAAGUGGUACAGACAAUGGAUGGAUUUUUUGAUGAAGUUAUAUCAGUAGAUGUGCUUUUCAAAAGUAAAUGCAUCAAAAUAUAAAAUUAUGGAUUAUUAUUAUUAUUAUUAUAUAUUAAAAUGUAUGAAUUCAAUAGUACAUGUAUAUAUAUAUAUAUAUUAAAUAUGUCCUAUAACAUGAA